UGAAACCGCCGCUAGAGCUUCAGGAUAGCACAGUGGCAUUGCUGAACUCGAAGAGACGACGGUAAAGGAUCUGAGCAAGCGAAAGACGUCAGAAAAUUCAAGAAGAACGGUCUGCAAUCAGGGUCGAAAUACCCAGCAUGGCAGCUGUUACGGCGGGGUAUGACUGGCCCCGUUCAUCGCCUAUGCAACAUUCAUCUUCAGACACAGCUUCACCGGUUUUCCCAGAAAGACCAAUACGGCCCCUACCAAAACGUCGUCUUAGAAAUCGACUGUCUCCCGAGCAAGCUGACUCCAUCGUUUUUCCACCUGCACCUCCAAGCUCAGCUCAGUUAUUUAGCUUUCCGUACAGUUCGGUAGACAGAGGGAACAGUGCAUCUUUUAGACCUCCACGAGCGAGCCAGCAUCAACAUACCUGCAACUGUGGCCAUCAUAAUUCAGAUAUAGAAAGCGAGUACGAGGAAGAUCAUCCAAUAUCCUACGAUUCGUCUCCCACAGCGGACAGAAGCUUUCUGAGCGCCCGAUCUAAUAACAAAGGCCCGGCUAUCACCAAGGCUCUCUCGACGACGUCUUCAGCGGAUGGGUACGAGUCGUUCGAGAAUACGAAUAACAAGAAAAAACGCAAGAUACCAAAUACAAGCAGCAGUAGUAGCCAGCAGACAAAUCUGUCGGCAGAGAUGGCUGGUAUGGGUCUUUCACCUAAUGGUCGACAUGCUGUCGAUGAUCUUGAAGAUGGCCAUGUACGUGCAUCACCCUCCGCAGCAGCAGCGACUACUCGAGUGGACAUGUCUGGUGCUGGAAGGGGAAGAAAUAAAGGCCGUCCACAUGGCCAGCGUGUUUCGGGUGCAAAUACAGUCAGUAUGGGUAGCGGUUCCAAUGGUGCGAUGAUGCAUGGCCAACGUCAGGCGGCCAAUGACCCAGAUUCACGAUCGCAAGGAGGCAUCAUCUCGACCGCAAUUGCUAAUGCACAAGCCCAACCGCCUCUAGCUGAAGACGGCAUCGGGAUCGGGAGCACCAGCCUACUCCAGAAGCAGGCGUCACGAUCAUCCCCGAACGCCGGUCAAUUCACCUUCACGGUCGAGUCGGAAUCUGCGAAUCGGAUGGUAUGGCCAGGACAGGCUGGUGCAUACCCUCCUGGAGUUGACACUCCUGAGGCUAGACGAUUGUAUGAUGCGAACAGGCAGACUACAGGCAGAUCUGCUGUUGACGCUGGCAAACGACCCGUUCAUGAGGGCUCUCAUCGCAACAUGACCGCACAUGGAACUCAAAGUGGCCCUGCUGUCAACGGUGCCUAUGGGGCAAAGCAGCAAUACGCCGAGCACCCGCCACCUCAUGGUGCAGCUCCCAACCAGCAGGCUCCCUCGCCUAGAAAACCACGUCGUAGCCCUGCUAAACAGUAUGAGAUCGCCGCGCGUCAGCGGAAGAUUCAACAAGACUUUACCAAUUGGCAUCAUCCACCUCGGAGGGAAGACAUGUGGAUAUGCGAGUUUUGCGAAUACGAGGCGAUUUUUGGCAGGCCACCUCGAGCUCUCAUAUACCAGUAUGAGAAGAAAGACAAGCAAGAAAGAAAGAGACUUGCGGAAAAACGGAGGCUUUUGGAGAAGGCUCGGAUGAAGGGCAAGAGGGGUAAGAAGGGAAGCAAGAACUCAAAGGCCAACAACGGCCAACAGACGAAUGCAACCAAUGCUCAUCACACUCAGGUCGGCGAUGAGAAUAUGCGUACACACCCCGAUGAUCCCUCACAACAAAUGACCCAGGAAGAAUACUACUCUGAUGAAUUGGACGACGGAGGUAUAGAAAGGCAUGAUCUUGACUCAGUCGGACAUCCGCACCACAAAGGACAUCGGCCUGCUCCCAACACUGGCCAAGCUCCUGGACCGCCUAUAGUAGGUCCUGGGAAAGGGAUAGCAAAUGGGGCAUGAUGGUUACAAGGGUUGGCUGUUGUUGUAGGCUUGCGUGGAACACUCUUCGUUUGGAUGUUCCUCCGCUACUGGUUGACUAUAGCUUACAACUGGUCGAAGCAGUUGUUCUCACUAGACAUGGUCCCCUCCAGCUCAUUUCCCGGCACCUAAGAAACUGAGCUGUGAGUAUACUGGCUUAUGGCCAUCGGGUCCUCCAGUCAGCACGCGAGCCGACAGCCUGGCCACCCUG